AUGUCCGGACUCGAUGUAGAGGCUCUCCUGGAGUCUGCCGCGGCCGCUCCCGCCGAGGCCCCCACCCAGUCGGUAGACCGCGACGACAAUGCCGGCGCCGAUUCUGAGCGUCGUGAUCGUUCCCGCGACAGACGCCGUCGCUCCGACCGCAGCCGCGAUCGCCGCCGCCCUGACCGAGACGUGGAUGCCGACGAAGAAAUGAAAAGCCCGCGGAGCGAGCAUGGAAGUGCUAAUGGAAGUCAGAGAAGUCGAAAGCGCAGCCGUAGCCGCGAAUCUGACCGUCGCCGUCGCCGUGACGACUAUCGCUCUGGCGGUGACUUCUGGCGUGGCGGAGGUCGUGCUCGCUCACGCUCCCGCUCCCCAUACGAUGACCGUCACUAUCGCCCUGGUCGUCGUGACCGUGAUGAUGAUCGCCGCCCCCGUCGUGGACGUGAUGAUCGCCGUGGAACCCCGGCCCGCCGUGAGAGCAAGUCACCUGAACUCAAUGAGGAUGAACGUGAUCGUCGAACUAUCUUUGUGCAGCAGCUUGCCGCUCGUCUGCGGACCAAGGAUCUUAUGGCCUUCUUUGAAAAGGUCGGGCCCGUAAAGGAGGCUCAGAUUGUCAAGGAUCGUGUUAGCGGACGCUCCAAAGGUGUUGGUUAUGUCGAGUUCCGAAACGAGGAAUCCGUCCAGGCCGCUAUUCAACUUACCGGACAGCAGCUCCUGGGAAUUCCCAUAAUUGCGCAACUGACCGAAGCGGAAAAGAACCGCCAAGCUCGUAACCCUGAAGCCAGUUCUGGCGGCCAGCAUGCAGCUCCGUUCCACCGCCUUUAUGUCGGAAACGUUCACUUCAGUAUUACCGAGAGUGAUCUCCAGAAUGUCUUCGAACCAUUUGGUGAUCUCGAAUUUGUCCAGUUGCAGAAGGACGAGACUGGUCGCAGCAAGGGAUAUGCAUUUGUGCAGUUCUGUGACCCCAACCAAGCACGUGAUGCUUUGGAGAAAAUGAAUGGAUUUGAACUCGCUGGACGUGCUAUUCGAGUUGGUCUUGGAAAUGAUAAGUUCACUCCCGAGUCGAACGCGAACCGUACCUCAGGACCCCAAUCUAGCACCCCCCAGAAUUUCCAAGGAUCGUCGUUCUCCGGCCAGGGAGGUCGCGGCGUCCAAGCCGGUGGCUCCAACAACUUCGACCGUGCCGGUGGCCGCGAACAUGAGAAGGCUGGCGGUGCCAGUGCCCUUGAUGACACCGAUGUCGCUGGUGUGAACUUCAACAAUUACUCUAGGGACGCGUUGAUGCGCAAACUCGCUCGUACAGAUGACCCCCAGCCCUCGGUUGACGACCAGCAGAAGAUGCUUCGACCCAAGACCGAAACUAAGCCACUCCCCCUAAACGUCAACAUGGCUAGCCGAUGUGUGGUGCUUCGUGACAUGUUCGAUGCCGCUGAGGAAACCGGCGAAGCCUGGAUCAAAGAACUGGAGGAUGACGUUCGCGAAGAGUGCGAGCAGAAAUAUGGCCACGUUGUUCACAUCUCGCUAGAUCCCAAUUCUUCCUCCGGAGAAAUCUUCUUGAAGUUUGACCGCGUCCAGGGCGGCGAAAACGCCAUCAAGGGUCUGAACGGCCGCUACUUCGGCGGACGACAGAUCACCGCUCAACCCGUCGUGGAUGCCGUCUACAGCAGCCUUUUCUCCCGCACCAAGGCCAUUUGA